AAUUGGUGUACCUGACAGCGCCAAAUUAAAUUAACAUAUUAAAAAGAAGAAGAAGAAUGAAGAAUUUAAUUCUAGGUUAUAUCUUGAAUUUUUGAAAUAAUUUGCUGCAGCAGAAAGAAAGCAGCAUAAAAUUGUUUUAGCUGAAAUAUGCUAGAUGUUCUAAAAUGCAUCUAACGUCUUUAAUGCACACUGUCUUAUAUAGAGGAUCUUUUAGAAUUUGUACAAAAUCGAUAAUGACAACACCAAGAAACCUUCAAGAGGUAGUGGAUGACUUAAAAGGUAAUCCCUAUUAUGACAAGUAUGCUGAAAAAAUAGCAAAAUUACAUAAAGAAGACCCAAAUGAAUUCAAAGCCCGCAUUGAAAAAGCUAACCAGAAGACGAAGAAAUUUGAUCCUCCCAAGCAACCAGAACGGCAGUAUUCCCAAUUGUUGACACCAAAAGAAAAGUUAGCAGAAACAGGUCAAUUUAAACAAGAAUCGUUAGACAAGAUUAUGAAAACAAAUUUAAUAAAGGACAAAAACGCAGAAGAAAUUAAGUCAAUUUGGGAAGAAUACCAUAAACAUAAAGAAUAUUGUAUAGCAGCCACUAUUCCUUCAGGGGACUUUGUAAAAUUAAAUGAAAAUUCCAAAAAGUAUCCAACUUUUCUCUUUGCCCUUCCUCGCACCCAGGGCUAUGAGUUUAUUAUGUGUCAAUUUGCCCAAAACACUGUUCACUUCACACCCUUACUGUACUAUCAAGUUCAUAAAGAAAAUGCACCCGAAUGUCUACACAUCACCCACUAUGACGAAUUUGAAGGUGACAAAGGGAUUGUGCUUAUGAGAGGAGAAUAUGAUAAGAAUGUUAUGAAUGCACAGGAGGCACAAUGUUUGGCAAAUCAACUACAAAUGUAUUAUGUACAAGAAGAUUCAGAAAAGAAGAAGCUUCUGGAACAGUUCACCAAUGAGCCAGAUAAGUUUAAGCAUGGAGAUCUUAUCAAGCAGAUUGAAAAUUUGACUAUAACGUAACCUAUGUAAAACUACUGUUUAACUGUAAAUAAAAUAAUACCUAAUUGUUAA